UCAUCUCCUUCAAAUCCUAUAUAAACUAACUAUAUUAGAACAUUCUUACCAUCCAAAGUUGUCAACUGCCUUCAACUUCCCAAAAGUGCAAAUAUAUAAUUCACAAACACAAAAGCCUAAGCUGUAAGGAAAAGAAAAUGUCACCUGCCCUUUCUUUGUCUGCCUCUCAAUUUCCCCUAUGCAAAUCCCAAGACUUUCCUAAGGAUACUCACAAUCCUAAAAUCUCCAAUAAAGAAAAAUCACCAUGUCAGAAAACGCAUUCAGACACCAGAAUAAACAGGAGGAAGUUGUUAAGUACUAGUGGUUUGAGCCUUGUAGCAGGGACUUUGUCUAAGCCAGCAAGAGCUGAGACUGAAGCACCAGUUGAAGCGACUUCAAGUAGAAUGUCAUAUUCAAGAUUCUUGGAGUACUUGAAUCAAGGUGCUGUCAAGAAAGUUGACUUGUUUGAGAAUACUGCUGUUGCUGAGAUAUUCAAUCCAGCUCUUAACAAAGUCCAGAGAGUUAAAGUUCAGUUCCCAGGAUUGCCACCAGAAUUGGUGAGAAAACUUAGAGACAAGGAUGUAGAUUUUGAUGCUCAUCUCCCUGAGAUGAGGGUCAUUGGACCCCUUCUUGAUUUACUUGGGAAUUUAGCUUUUCCCUUGAUAUUGCUUGGCUCUUUGCUGUUGAGAAGCUCUUCUUUAAAUACUCCUGGAGGGCCAAACUUGCCUUUUGGAUUAGGAAGGAGCAAAGCCAAAUUCCAGAUGGAACCAAAUACAGGAGUAACAUUUGAUGACGUGGCUGGAGUUGAUGAAGCAAAACAAGAUUUUCAAGAAAUUGUUGAAUUCUUGAAGACCCCAGAAAAGUUUGCUGCAGUUGGGGCAAAUAUACCAAAGGGAGUGCUCUUAGUAGGGCCACCCGGGACAGGGAAGACAUUGCUAGCUAAGGCGAUCGCCGGAGAAGCAGGGGUGCCAUUCUUUUCUCUAUCUGGUUCAGAGUUCAUUGAGAUGUUUGUUGGUGUAGGAGCUUCUAGAGUUAGGGACUUGUUCAACAAGGCGAAACAAAAUUCGCCUUGCAUAAUCUUUAUUGAUGAAAUUGAUGCUGUUGGAAGGCAGAGAGGAACUGGUAUUGGUGGAGGAAAUGAUGAAAGAGAACAGACACUUAACCAACUUCUCACUGAAUUGGAUGGUUUUACGGGAAAUACUGGAGUCAUUGUCAUUGCUGCUACUAAUAGGCCUGAAAUUCUUGAUCAAGCUUUGCUUAGACCUGGAAGGUUUGAUAGACAGGUAAGUGUUGGACUUCCUGAUAUAAGAGGAAGGGAAGAAAUAUUGAAGGUUCACAGUAACAACAAGAAGCUUGAUAAAGACGUGUCUCUAAGUGUUAUUGCAAUGAGAACACCAGGAUUCAGUGGUGCUGAUCUUGCAAACCUUAUGAAUGAAGCUGCCAUUCUAGCUGGAAGGAGAGGAAAAGAUAAGAUUACCUUGAAAGAGAUAGAUGAUUCCAUCGAUAGAAUUGUUGCUGGUAUGGAAGGAACAAAGAUGACAGAUGGAAAGAACAAGAUUUUAGUAGCAUACCAUGAAGUUGGACAUGCUGUCAGCGCGACAUUGACCCCGGGCCAUGAUGCAGUACAAAAAGUCACAUUGAUCCCUAGAGGGCAAGCUCGCGGUCUUACAUGGUUCAUUCCUGGUGAAGAUCCAACCUUAGUCUCUAAGAAGCAACUUUUUGCUAGAAUAGUGGGAGGCUUAGGAGGUAGAGCAGCAGAGGAAAUAAUUUUUGGUGAACCAGAGAUCACUACUGGUGCAGCAACAGACUUGCAACAAAUAACUCAAAUAGCAAAACAGAUGGUGACAAUGUUUGGGAUGUCUGAGAUAGGACCAUGGGCGUUAAUGGAUCCAGCAUCACAAAGUGGCGAUUUGGUGAUGAGAAUGCUAGCGAGGAAUCAAAUGUCAGAGAAACUAGCAGAAGACAUAGAUGCAUCUGUAAGGCACAUAAUUGAAAGAGCAUAUGAAAUUGCCAAGAGCCACAUAAGGAAUAACAGAGAGGCAAUCGAUAAAUUAGUAGACGUGCUGCUAGAAAGGGAGACUCUUACAGGAGAUGAGUUCAGAGCGAUACUCUCGGAAUUUACUAAUAUCCCAUCAGAUAACAUAAAGAGUAAACCAAUUAGAGAACUGAUUGAGGCCUAAGCAACGUUACUUCCAAUGUACAGCUGUAGAAACUAAAUACUUUCGUCAGAUUUUACGUGUAUAAUAUAGCGCAGAUAGUAACAUCAAUGUAAUAUAAUCUUCAUUUA